CUGUCACUCUGCUCUCUCCUACUAUUAGCAUGCACAUAGUCAUAGGGGGUAUGCAUACCAGGGGCUGACUUACAACUCAUGGGGCCCCGGGCAAUAGGGGAUCAUGGGGCCCCUGUGUCCUUGCCCAAACUCAAAAAAGCCUAUGAAAAAGGUACCAGGGGCAUCUCAUGGGGCCCCCUACUGACCCCAGGCACUCGGGCAGUGCCCGAGUUUUCAAAUGGUCAGUACGCUCCU